UUGUGGGAAGUCGUUGGAAGAGGGAAGAAGAAUCUCCCUAGACCACCUGUCGCCCAAAGGGCUGGUGGGAUUACAUGGGUAAAGGGUAGCUAUUCAGGCGCACCGACCAUUCAUGCAACAUGCACCGGACCCAGCGGGAUCCCUGCAUGGGUUCAACAUGGAUUUAUGCCUCUAUCCAGCUGACCUGGUUGGUACACACUUGGAGGGUCGUGCCGAUUGGUGCUACGGCACUCAUAAUCUUGCCAUGCGCAUUAUGAGGCGCAACGACAACGACGAGUACAUCACAACCGGCACAUGUUGCAGCUCUCACGAGGACAACCAAGUGACCGAUGUCACGUCGCAGUGCGCAGACCCGACGCCGAGCCCUAUCAUGCCCAGUCCAACGCCGAGCCCGACGCCGAGUCCGACGUGCGAGACGUCGACGCACACAAUCACAUGGGUAAAGGGUAGCUAUUCAGGCGCACCGACCAUUCAUACAGCAUACACUGGACCCAGCGGGGUCCUUGGGUUCAACAUGGAUUCAUGCCUCUAUCCAGCUCUGACCUUGUUGGUACACACUUGGAGGGUCGCGCCGAUUGGUGCCGCGGCACUCAUAAUCUUGCCAUGCGCAUUAUGAGGCGCAACGACAACGACGAGUGCAUCACAACCGGCACAUGUUGCAGCUCUCACGAGGACAACCAAGUGACCGAUGUCACGUCGCAGCGCGCAGACCCGACGCCGAGCCCUACCGCGACGCCAUCCACAGCGUCUGCAGCCGGUGAUCCACAUUUGCAAAACAUCUACGGCGAGAGGUUCGACUUGAUGAAGCCUGGUAAGGUGACACUUAUCAACGCCCCACGUGGGACGCGAGUCGAAGUCGCGCUGCUUGCGGUAGAAGCUGACGCGCGCCGCCUGGGCGGGAACUGCGCCGACAUGUACUUCACGAGCGUGAACAUCACAGGGGCAUGGGCGGACAAGCUGCAGGCCGGCGGCAUCCGGUUCGACGCCGACGGCGCUCAGAGCCACAAGGUGCCGAUGUGGACGAGUUUCGGGCCGCUGGCGGUCAAAGUCGUCCACGGGCGAACGGAGGAGGGCAUCAGGUACUUUAACCUCUUCGUCAAGCACCUUGGGCAUGCCGGCUUUGCCGUCGGAGGGCUAUUGGGAGAAGAUGAUCACACGGAGGUGGCGAGGACCCCGAGGGAACGCCGCAAACAAUUUCUCUUCGCAAGGUGAGCCGGACCAGCGUGGGGGCUGAGAUGGCCUCGGGGGCGAUCGCAAGCUGAGUCGGCCUCCUUGGCCAUCGGGCACUUGACUUGCCAGCUUUCGAAGAUGGCUUCUUGGGUUUUCCAUGUUUUCGUAGUUGCUCGCUGGCGGUUCGUUCUCAAUGCGGCGUGUGCAGUUUCGACGAGGCCGUUUCCAUUUGUGGUGCGCGAACUACGUCCUUCUGCGAUCGCGCGUGGCGUUCGAGCACUCGCGCGCUUGCCCAUUCAGGCCACUGUGCAGUUCGAUACUUCUGUUUUCCCAGCUUGCGUGUGCACGCCCAUUCUUGUCACGCUUGCAUCCUUAGCGCUCUGUGUACGUAUGCCUGUUCGUUCUGGCCGUUAUCAUCUGUGAGCGCGCU